GAUUAAAAAUGAGGCGCUCAAGAACUCAGCCAAUUGCUGAAAUUGAGAAAUGGACAGAGGAAGACGUCCAUCGGUGGCUGAUGACAGAGGUCAAAGUACACAAGACAUGUGCAGACAGGUUUGUUGAAGAAGAAGUGUCAGGAGACUCUUUAGUUGCCUUUAAAAAGACAGAUAUAUUGGACUUGGGAAUAAAACAUGGUCCUGCUGUCAAAAUAAUAUCUUAUCUUGAAAGUCUAAGAGAUGGUUUACAACGUGAUCAGUUCCCAGCUUAUGUGGAAAAUUGGACGAAGGAGCAAGUGCACCAGUGGUUACUGCAGCAUGUGAAUGCUUACAGCAAAUAUGCUAUACGGCUCCAAGAAGAAGAUGUGUCUGGAGAUUGCCUUGUUUGUUUCAAGAAGCAAGAUCUUCUGGACCUGGAAGUCAAAAGUGGCCCUGCUGUUAAGAUUCUGUCAAAUCUCAGACAACUGAGCAAAGACCAAGAGCCGACUCUGCAACCCAUCCCUCAUAAUGAACAAAAAGAAGCUCCAAACCCCAUUCAACCGGAAGUCAGUGUGGCUCAGACGGUAGCAUCGGAUCCAGCAGAACCGUUCAACACAACUGAAGUGCAAGCGGACAAAAUGUUAGGAAAGAAGUCUGGAAAGGCUCAACAGCAAUUCAAGAAAGCUUCAGAGGAGAAGAAGAUUGAUGAGCCAAAGCCACAAAACUUCAAAGCCAGAAGGAAAGAAACCGUGGUGACCUCAGUCCUUCCGGGAGUUCCCAAUAAACUGUGGUGAUCCAGGAAACCCUGGAUAACCUUAAAAAAGAAGACUUUAAAAAGUUUCAUUUUCACCUAAAACAAUACAAAACAUCCCAGUUUCAACCUAUUCGUGAGAGUAAACUGGAGGGCAAGGACACCAUGGACACUGCUCAAUUAAUGACUGACCACUAUGAGAGCAAUGGGGCUGUGAGAGUCACAGUAGAUGUUCUACGGGAAAUCAAUCAAUGUGAACGUGCUAAUCAGCUUGAAAACACCAUGGGUGGACUGGAGCAGCAUCUUCUUUCGAGAGAUAAGAAGAAAGAAGCCAACCAGGGUG